CUCUACAAGACAACGCAGACUCCAAGUCAUUGAUCACGAUGGCACCUGCGAUGCCCCGCGUGAUUCUGGCUCGGCACGGCGAGACCGAGUGGUCCAUCUCGGGCCAGCACACGGGCCGGUCCGACAUUCCGCUGACGAAGCACGGCGAGGACGUGAUGCGGCAGCUCGCGCCGACGUUUGUCUCAUGCGACGGCAGUAAGAUGGUGGACCCGCGCCAUAUUAGCCACAUCCUCUGCAGUCCGCGGCGCAGGAGCCAGCGCACACUGGAGCUCAUGAUGUCGCACCUCACCCAGGAUGAGCGGAAUCAGAUCGUGCCCGUCGAGACGGUCCAGGACUGUCGCGAAUGGGACUAUGGCGCAUACGAAGGGCUCAAGACGCACGAGAUCAGGGAGAAGCACCCGGGCUGGGACAUUUGGACAGAGGGGACACCCGAUAAUCCGGAUAAGCCGCAAGAGCUUCCCGGCGAGAGCGCAGAGGAAAUGACAGCAAGGGUGGACAGGGUCAUUGCCAAGAUUCGCACGCUGCAAAAGGCUGUCAUCGAGGGCAAGACGGCCGAGCUCCAUGAUGAGGCCGUCACCAAGCGAGGAGGAGACGUCAUGGUUGUCGCGCAUGGCCACUUCAAUCGGUGCUUCAUUGCCAGAUGGCUCAAUCUUCCCCUAACCCUGGGCCGGCUGUUCGAGGUUGAUGCUGGUGGCGUGGCCAUCCUCUGCUACGCCCAUGGAAGCUUCGACGAGCCGACGAUUGCCGGCAUCUUCUCCAGCAAGACAGGACCACGGUCUUCGGCUACUGUUGUGGGUGCCGCACAGCAUGUGAAAGCGGCCCACGAGGAGCACCAGUAUCUCUCCCUCGUUUCCCGUGCCAUUUCCGACGGCGAGAUGCGGCCGGACCGGACCGGGACAGGGACUCUGUCGUUGUUUGCGCCCCAGCCCAGCCUGUCGUUCUCGCUGCGCAACGGUACGCUCCCCCUGCUGACGACAAAGCGUGUUUUCCUCCGCGGCGUCCUGGAGGAGCUCCUCUGGUUCGUGGCAGGCAAGACAGACUCGAAGCUGCUCACCGACCGGGGCGUGCACAUCUGGGAUGGCAACGGCAGCAAGGAGUUUCUCGAGUCGAGGGGCCUCGGCCAUCGGAGAGAAGGCGAUCUGGGCCCCGUGUACGGAUUCCAGUGGCGGCAUUUCGGUGCAGAGUAUACCGACUGUGACGCAGACUACACGGGAAAGGGUGUGGAUCAGUUGGCCGAGGUCAUCGACAAGAUCAAGAACAACCCUACAGACCGGCGCAUCAUCAUGUCGGCCUGGAACCCCAAAGAUCUUCCCCAGAUGGCCCUGCCUCCGUGCCACAUGUUCUGCCAGUUCUACGUCUCGCUACCCACCGCUACUGUCAACAGCAACAAGACCGGCCGGCCGGAACUGUCGUGCCACAUGUACCAGCGCUCGUGUGACCUGGGCCUGGGCGUGCCCUUCAACAUUGCCAGCUAUGCGCUGCUGACGCACAUGAUCGCCCAUGUCACGGGCUGCGAGGCAAAGGAGCUGACGCUGGCCAUGGGUGACGCGCAUGUCUAUCGUGACCACGUCGAGCCAUUGAAGGUGCAAUUGACAAGAGAGCCAAAGGACUUUCCCAAGCUCAACUUCAAACGAACAGUCACCGACAUCGACGGCUUCAAGCCAGAAGACUUUGAAGUGCUGGGCUACAGCCCUCAUCCCAAGAUUGACAUGAAGAUGAGCGUAUAGAUAGUCAUCUUUUCCUGUAGGCUAGCUAGACAGAGAGCGCGCAAGGACAUUUCAUCUUCUGCCUCUUUUCUGCGCUUG